CAGGCAUCUAUUCCAGGAACUGGAAGCCAAGCACAACAGGUGCUCGGAGGUCAUCAUGAUCAGCCCGGACCCCAGGCCCUCCCCUGGCUUGGCCCGGUGGGCUGAGAGCUAUGAGGCCAAGUGUGAGCGCCGGCAGGAGACCCGCGAAAGUCGCCGCUGCCGUCCCAACGUGACCACUUGCCGCCAGGUGGGGAAGGUGCUGAGGAUUCAGCAGAGAGAGCAGCUCCAGAGAGCUCGGCUGCAGCAGUUCUUCAGGAGGAGGAACCUAGAGCUGGAGGAGAAGUGCAAGGCACGAUGUCCCGAGGCCAGGGAGCAAGGGCCCUCCAGGAGGCCAGGCCAGGCCACUGUCCUCAAGCAGCCCUUGUCUUGUGCCAGCAGGAUCUCUUCCCCCAGACAGCAGGUGGCAGGAAUCAGCUCUGAGAUCUUUCCAGUCCAGCAUCCUCUUCUCUCAGGUAUCCAGAAGGAUGUGGCUGACCACCUCUCCUCUCGGCCUCAGGACCUUCCUCAACAGGAUUCUCCCAUCAAGAAGCCACCCAAACACCACCGUGGUACUCAGACAACAGCUGAAGAAGCAUGGCCAACAAUUAAGAAUGAUGCUAGUCAGCAAACCAAUUACGGAGUUGCAGUUCUGGAUGAGGAAAUCAUCCAGCUUUCCCAGUACCUCAAAGAAGCCCUACAAAGGGAGUUUAUUCUAAAACAGAAAAUGGAGGUUCUACAAGACCUACUGUCCACUGUGUUCCGGGCCUUUGACAGCUCUUGCAAGAGACAGCUUAAUGAAGACACACUGAAGUGCAAAGUGAGAUCCCUAGAAAACCAGCUGUACACUUGUACCCAGAAAUACUCCCCACGGGGAAUAAAAAAGGUGCUACUGAAGAUGGAAGAACAGAAAAACAGCUAUGAGCAGAAGGCCAAGGAAUCACUGCAGAAAGUGCUGGAGGAGAAAAUGAAUGCAGAGCAGCAACUGCAGAGCACGCAGCGGUCCUUGGCCCUGGCAGAACAGAAGUGUGAAGAGUGGAGAAGCCAGUAUGAGGCUCUGAAAGAAGACUGGCAUACCCUGGGGACCCAGCACCGAGAGUUGGAGAGCCAACUCCAUGUGCUUCAGUCCAAACUGCAGGGCGCAGACAGCAGAGACUUACAGAUGAACCAGGCCCUUCAAUUCUUGGAGAAUGAGCACCAGGAACUGCAGGCAAAGAUUGAGCACCUGCAAGGAGACAGAGACCUGUGCAGCUCAGAUACCCAAGACCUACAAGAUGAACUAAAAAAGUCAGAGGAGGAGAAAUUCGCCCUGAUGACCAGAGUACAGCAGUUGCAGAGUCUGCUUCAGAAUCAAUCCUUACAGCUUCAAGAACAAGAGAAACUCUUAACAAAGAAAGAUCAGGCUUUCCCAGUGUGGAGUUCAAAGCCCUCCCAUAAUGAAGUGGAGCCUGAGGGUACAGGGACGGAGAAAGACUGGGCUCUCAGAGAUGAGCUGCAAAAGAAGACUUUGCAGCUCCAGGUCAAGGAAAAGGAGUACAGAAAACUGCAUUCAGAGUUAGACAACCUCAGUGAUGAGUAUCUCUCCUGCCUGCGUAAGCUGCAGUACUGUCGAGAAGAGCUGAACCAGAGACAGCAGCCAUCUCCUACAGGGCAAGGUGGCCGAUGGCUCCUGAUGCUGAUGGUGGUGAUUGCUGCAGCACUGGCAGUGUUCCUAGCCAACAAAGACAAGCUGAUGAUCUGAAUAAUUUGUGAUAGCUGCCUUGGGUGAAAAAUCAGAAGUAAAUCAAUGAAAAACUCAGAAGGUCUGGGCACUUUACAAUGUGGGUUCUCCCCCAAUUGAAUGGGAUUUCUGACUUUUUGCUCUUUUUUUUAACUUAUUGUAAAUAAACUUCACUUGACCAGA